GAGUUUACCGCCUCAGCAGCAGCCGCUGCUGCAUUUAGCCAUAGCGGCUCUUCGCCGCCGACACCGCCGCCGUCUCUUCUGCUCCUCAUCAGGCCAGAGAAGCCAGCCAUGCCGCCUCCGGGUCAGCAGGUCCGGAUGCCGGACUGGGACGCUCUGAAGCUCCGCGUGCGGAGCCUGAUCAGCUCCCACCGGGUCAUGAUCUUCAGCAAGAGCUACUGCCCCUUCUGCAGGAAGGUGAAAGAUCUCUUUCAAUCUUUGGCAAUAGAAUACAGUGUUCUGGAACUUGACAAGAUUGAUGAGGGACCCAGCAUUCAAGAGGUGUUGCUAGAAUUGACAGGUCAGAGGACUGUUCCUAAUGUAUUUGUAAAUGGAACUCAUGUGGGUGGAUGUGAUCAAACUUUCCAGGCUUACCAUAGUGGCUUAUUGCAGAAGCUUUUAGGGGAUGGGAAAGGUGAAGAGAUGGAAACCUACGAUUAUGACCUAAUUGUUAUUGGUGGUGGUUCCGGUGGGCUUUCAUGUUCUAAGGAAGCUGCCUCCUUAGGAAAGAAGGUCAUGGUUCUAGACUACGUUGUACCAACACCUCUGGGUACAACAUGGGGACUUGGCGGCACUUGUGUAAAUGUUGGCUGCAUUCCUAAGAAGCUGAUGCAUCAGGCAGCCCUGUUGGGUCAGGCACUGCGAGAUUCAAGGAAGUUUGGCUGGGAGUAUGAUCAGCAAGUUAAACACAACUGGGAGACCAUGGUAGAAGCAAUUCAAAAUUAUAUAGGAUCAUUGAACUGGGGAUAUCGGGUCGCCUUGCGUGAUAAGUCUGUGACAUACCUCAAUGCCUAUGGAGAAUUUGUUGGACCACACAAGAUUAAGGCAACCAACAGAAAAGGUCAAGAAACUUACUGCACAGCUCAGACAUAUGUUAUAGCCACAGGAGAAAGACCUCGAUAUCUAGGUAUCCCAGGAGACAAAGAGUACUGUAUUACAAGCGAUGAUCUCUUCUCUCUGCCCUACUGCCCUGGAAAGACUUUGGUUGUGGGAGCUUCUUACGUAGCAUUGGAAUGUGCCGGAUUUCUUGCUGGACUUGGUUUGGAUGUCACAGUUAUGGUACGCUCUAUCCUUCUUCGUGGCUUUGAUCAAGAAAUGGCAGAGAGAGCAGGAGCCUAUAUGGAAACCCAUGGUGUAAAAUUCAUCAAGAAGUUUGUUCCUGUUGAGGUUGUAAAGUUGGAGGAAGGCAUGCCUGGAAAACUGAAAGUGAUUGCAAAAUCCACUGAAGGAAUACAAAUGAUUGAAGGAGAAUACAACACUGUUUUGAUAGCUGUGGGCCGUGAUGCUUGUACUAAAAAUAUUGGCUUGGACAAAAUUGGUGUGGCAGUUAAUGCAAAGAAUGGCAAAAUACCUGCAAACGACGAAGAACAAACCAGUGUGCCUUAUGUCUAUGCUAUUGGAGAUGUUUUGGAAGGAAAGCCAGAACUUACACCAGUUGCCAUACAGGCAGGCAAGCUGUUAGCUCGCAGACUUUUUGGAGGGAGUAAUAUAAAGUGUGACUACAUCAAUGUACCAACUACUGUGUUUACACCUCUGGAAUAUGGCUGUUGUGGAUUAUCGGAAGAACGAGCCAUUGAACAACUUGGACAAGAAAAUUUAGAUGUGUAUCACGCGAUGUUCUGGCCACUUGAAUGGACAAUACCCAACAGAGAUAACAACACUUGCUAUGGAAAAGUAAUCUGCAAUAAGCUUGACAAUAACCGUGUGAUAGGAUUUCAUGUUCUUGGACCUAAUGCAGGGGAAAUUACACAAGGCUUUGGAGCAGCAAUAAAAUGUGGUCUCACAAAGGAAUUACUUAAUGAUACAAUUGGUAUACAUCCAACUUGUGCAGAGGUGUUUACUACAAUGGAUAUUACAAAGGCUUCGGGGCAAGAUAUCACUCAGAGUGGCUGCUGAGGUUAAACCCUGCUGUUUUAAACUGUUUCCUGUUGGUCCCACUUACCUAUGUUGAAGAUUUUAGGAAGCAUUCAGAUAUACACAGGUAAAUGAAUAUCUGAAUGUUGUAUUUUGCUACCACAAACAUUGAUUUUAUAAAACUUCAAUGGCAGGUGGUGGUGUCUGCAGGAAAUGGCAAAACAGCAGGGGGUAAACUUAAUCCUGACUUGCUUAGAAAUUGCACUUUUGUGUAUUUUUGAAGCUUUGGCUCUGAACCCCAUCUGGAGGCGAGUCAUGGCUGAUGACUUCUAUGCAAAGUUGGGAGAACCUAUUUGUCCAGUCAGUAGAGAUUCCUUCCAGAGGAACUUCUGAAUCAUCCAAGUGAAGUUUAAUUCUAUUAAUUUCAGGGCUUUUGUACAAAUGCAACAGGCACAGUGAAUGUAUAGUUAAUAACAUUGGCUAGCAACAGCUAUUGACCUUGAUGAGUCAGUAGUGCAUUUUGUUAAUUGUUAACCUGAAUUGUGAGAUAUGUUUGCAAUGUCUAUAAAUAUCCCCGUUUACACGGUCGUAAGUUGGAGAGUGAGUUUACGAAAUUAAUGUGUUAUGUCCCUAUAUGUAUCAUAGCUCACAGGACACAUAAUGGGAUGACUUGAUUUUUUUUUUAUCAAUAGGUACAUGGUCACCAGAGAAAGCAGACAUCCUAAGUCACAAAAUUAUCACUCUUACCAUUUUUUUGGCGUUUCUCUAGUUUUUCCUUAAUAACUUUACCCCAGAUUUGACUACUCAGAAAAAAAAACCCAAGUAGAGUCUAAAUUGUUUUAUGGUAAUAUUAAUAUGUUCCCUUUUUAUGCAAUAAGUACAUUGUUUCAGCCAUAAAAUGGAAUGCAUUUGGUCUAGAUUAAUUGUAUGCAGGUGAUUAGCUUGAACUGUGUCAUAGCAAUAAACACUGGUUUAUUGUGCUUUAUAAAAAAUUCCAGUACAGUGAAAACAUGAAGCCCCAUUGGCAUUCCCUACUUACUUUGAGGAAUGUAUGCUUGAGUUUAGUUUAUUCUGUGAUUAAAAAGUAUCUUCUGAAAUGCAUUAUUUCAUUAUCUGUCCAUUAUCAUAUGAACAGGUUUUUUUUAAUCUAUUUAUGGUGUAUCAUGAAUUUAAAGUUCAGUAAAUGAGCAAUGUAAUUAGUUGUGCACUGUCCUGAGGAAAAACUUACCUCUUUUCAAACAGAAAUAUCUCUUACGACUCAACAUUUGGAGACCCAGAAAAGCUUAUGGGAUGGGCAUGUUACUUCCCCAUGCCCCAUCAAUCAUAAAAAAGCAUCGUCCAACAGUAUGAGCAGUCUAGCCUUAAUGGCAAUCAUCGUCUUUUCUCUUACUGGGGCACUGAGUAUGGUGGGUGGGGGAAAUGGCACAAAACCUAAUGUUUUAAAAGGGUGUUUUAAUAGUGGUGUUGGAAAUAUUUUAAAUACAGAAACUUGAAGCCCUCAGUUUUCAAAUGCACAGAAAUUCUAAGUGUAAAAUUUGCUGUUGCUGUCCCUCUUAAGGAUGCUGCAGCAGAGCUGACUGCUAAUCUAAGAGGAGGAGGAGGUGCCUACUGAGUCAGUGAGCUACAACUGUUUUACCAAGAUGUAAAAAUAUUUUAAAACAAAAAUCUGUUGUUCACAAAAGGAAUAUUAAUAGCAACAUCAGACAUCAGAAAUUGUACAUGCCUUACUGGAGGCAACUGCUAGAUAGCAGAUGUGAUUCAAAACAGAUUUAGCAGGAAGAAGACGAUGUCAUUACACUGAAAGUAUUAGCAGCAUGUGAAUAAUUCCAAAUUAAAAUCAAAGUAUCAAUGCAAUUUAAAUUUCCGCCUUUCUCCCUGCUUUUACCAGUGAUUUUAAACCUUUUUUUUUCAUAAGCAGGGAUAAACAUGGGCAAACUUUUUCUGUAAGUUGACUGCUAAUAUGCUCUUCUGAUUCCAUAACCUUCCAUGUUAUUCAUUACGCUAGUUCUCCUUGGGGCUUCUUCACAAGCGUAUACGCACAAAGGCAAAAACUGCACACUAAGGCAAAGCAAAUUUUGUAGUGUGGCACACACUAUGCGCGCGCACACACACACACACACACACACAAAUCUGCCCUGUGGGAAGGAUUGCAACAGGGGGAUGCAGGCAAAGACCCACUCUGAGCCUGUGCCAGCUGGACUGUCCGGUGCUGCAGAGUCUUUCUACUACCAACUGCCCUGUGGGAACGAGCCUUGUGACCUUCUUGUAUGUUCAUAUUUUGUGUGUGCUUAUAAAAUUGUAAUGUUAAUUUGUAUGCCAUCUUGGAGGGAUUUGUAUCCUGAAAGGUAUAAUAUAAAAAAUUGUAAAAAAAUAAAUAAAAUUGAAGCAGUU